UCCGUCUGUGGUUCGUCCUCCAUCAAUCCAAGAGUCCUUAUCAAUCUCAGAGGCUUCGGAACAGUCUCGCAGGAUCAGUCUCGAAGCCCUUGUCAGCCUCUCAGGCCUUUCAUGUUUUGAGGCGCCUCAAAAGUUGUCAGCCUCUCAGGCCUUUCAUGUUCCUCAACUAACGUUCGCGUUAGCUGGGGACAUAAGUCCGUCGCGUCGCUGCGAUGGUGACGUCAUUCGACGACUCCAUCGAUUCUUACGACAACGCGAAAUCCCGGCGACGUGGAGGACUCGUUAAGCGCGUGGCAAUUUACCUCCGCCAGUCCCCCGCGCGCCAAUUUGCCGCUCUCCUCGCCGUCCUCCUCCUCCUCUGGCUGCUGAGCGUCUCCGUCUCCUCCCACCGCUCCCGCUCCUCUUCCUCCUCCUCCUCUUCCUCCUCCUCCUCUUCAUCCUCCUCCUCUUCCUCCUCUGCUUCGCCUGACCUACAAACCCGAGAGGGGGGGCAUGGAGGGAGCGAGGAGAGCGGGAUAGGUGGAAGGGGUGUUGCCGUUGGUGGGGAGGAUGCAGAAGGAGGAGCAGGAGAGAGGGGAGGAGGGGCAGCAGGAGCAGGUGGACCAGGCGGAGCAGGGAAAGUGCAGAGGCAUAGCGGAGGCGUAGAUAGGGCGAGUUCCCGGGAGAAAGGAGCAGAGGAGGAGACGUGGAGUGACAGCAUGGCUCGAGAGCUGCGGGAAAGGCGGAGACAGCAAGAAGAAAUGCGAAAAAGGGGGAGCAGAGAUAAGGAGACGGAGGGAGAGAGAAGGAGAAAGCUAGAGGAGGAUUCGGCCAGGGCGAAGCAAGAGGAGUUGGAGAUAGAGAGAAGGAAGCAUGAAUUAGAUGAGGAGCUGGAGAGGCAGAGAGAGGAGCUGGCCAACCAGCCCAGGGACGAGGUCCCGGACCUCAAGCUCAGGGACGGCAGCCGAGGCUCGGGAGCCACUGGGGCUAGACUCACCGACCCUCUCGGGCUGGUCCGGGACGAAGCAGGCAUGGAAGGGCAGGCGGGAGGAGCGGGAGGGGCGGGAGGGCGGAGCAGGGAGAAGGCGAGGGGGGGAGGGAGGAUGGUUAACUCAAGCUUAAACCUGCUGGGCUCACGGGCGAUCGCGAAGGAGGAGUUUAGGAGGCAGUGGGCGAAGGGGAGAGUAAGGAAUGGGCAGGCGAGGGAGUUAGCAGGGGAAGGUGCUAGAAUGUGGAUGGGUAGGGCCAGGAGGCAAAGGGAGAGGGGCGAGCUGGGGAGAAGGGGAGGGGCGGCAGGAGGGAGGGGUGAUUGGCUGGGAGAGGGAUGGACAGGAGGAGGAAAUGGGGGGGUGGAAGCUAUGGGGAAUCGGAGUGUUGCUGGGAGUGUAUCUCCUGGCCUCUCCGCUCCCUCGAAGCCUUCACUAGAAGCCGAAGCUGUGUGGAAGGAACGGCAGAAGCAGGUGGUUACUGCCUUUCGGCACGCCUGGAAAGGCUACCGGACCUAUGCGUUUGGUUCGGACGAGCUCAUGCCACUGAGCCGAGGCGGGGAGGACGGGUUGGGGAGGCUAGGGGCUACUAUAGUGGACGGUCUAGAUACUGCUAUGAUCAUGGGGCUUAAAGACGUGGUGGACGAGGCCGGGCAGUGGGUUGCAAACGUUUUGCCCCAGAAGAUUAAUAAAGCCGGGCAGGUGAAUCUUUUCGAGACGACGAUUCGGGUUCUCGGUGGCCUGCUGAGCGCUUACCACCUGAAAAAGGAUCCCAGCUGGCGAGGGGGAGGAGGGGGGAUGCAGGGGGGCGUGGGGGGACCAGCUGCAGAGAAGUAUCUGGAGGUGGCUGUGGACUUAGCGGAUCGGCUCAUGCUGGCAUUCACUCAGAGCCCCACGCCCGUGCCACUAUCGGAUGUCUACCUGGCUCAGCGCUAUGCCCAGCGUGCCAUGGGAGGGGGCCUGAGCAGCACUGCGGAAUGCACCACUCUGCAACUGGAGUUCUGGGAGCUGAGCCGAUUAACGGGGGAGCGCAAGUACGGCACAGCUGCCAUGCAUGUGAUGGAGCACGUGCGGGGGCUGCAGCGGCCAGAUGGGCUUGUACCGAUUUACAUGGAUGCGGAUUCGGGUCAGUUUAGCGGGGAGAACAUUCGCCUGGGAUCCAGGGGAGACAGCUACUAUGAGUAUCUCAUCAAGGCGUUCCUGCAGCAGAGGGACCACCCAGAGGCGCUGCAUGUGGUAACCGCAAGUGUUACAACAAGCAAUGCGGCUGUUGCGGCAAUAGACGAGCAAUUGAAUCACACAGAUGCGGCUGGUGCUGGUGGUGCUGCUGCCGCUGCUGGUGCUGCUGCUGACGGUGCUGGUAGUGAAAGCGGGGGAGGAGAAGGAGGUGGGGGAGGGGCAGGAGAGUCAGGAGGGAAGAGGGGGGCGCACGUGGAUUACCUAGUGGCGAUGUUUGAUGAGGCGGUGGGGGGAAUCAACAAGUGGCUGGUGGCCAGGAGUCAACCCAAGGGGCUGACAUAUAUUGCAGAGCGCCCCUCAGGGAUACACGGGGAGCUGCACCCGAAGAUGGACCACCUGGUGUGCUUCCUGCCGGGUUCCUUGGCUUUAAGAGCGACUGAGGGACUGACAGAGGCAGAGGCAGCAGCAAGGGGCGUGCUGACUCAGCAGGGGAGGGCGCUGCUGGAGCUGGCAAGGAACGUUUCGGAGGCGUGCAUCCAGAUGUAUGAGGUCACGGCCACAGGGUUGGCGCCUGAGAUAGCCUACUUCAACAUGGAUGAGAACUCGCAGGAGUACAUGGGGACACGGCAGGAUGCAGAGUAUGGGAGGGACGUUCAGAUCCACCAGGCGGACAGGCACAACCUGCUGAGACCAGAGACGGUGGAAGCUCUUCUUUACAUGCACCGGGUGACUGGGAACCCAAGGUACCGGGAGGCAGGGUGGAGAAUGUUCCAGGCGUUUGAGAAGCACACGCGCAUCGCGACAGGCGGCUACACUUCACUCGACGACGUGUCAAGAGUGCCCCCGCCCAAGCGCAACAAGAUGGAGACUUUCUUCCUGGGGGAAACCCUCAAGUAUUUCUAUCUUCUCUUUGGUGGGGACGACGUCCUACCUCUCGACAAAUAUGUUUUCAACACUGAGGCACACCCAUUGCCUAUUCCCAGGCUUACAAAAGGCUCGGGAAGCAACGGACAGGAAUCACAAUAAUGGCAUAGGUGCCAAGGUUUCAGCAUACCGUUUGUUGGAAAUUCGUUUGCCCAAAAAGGAAACUUUUUCUCCUGAUUCAGGAAUAUUAGUUUCUAUAAUAUCCUCUCUGGCGAGUAGCAACGGAUUUUCUAGGUUGAACCUAGUUUCGAGUUGUUGGCUGAAACGCAUUCGCCAGUGUCGAGUAUAGUCUGCA